AUGAUUUUUCUUCGUUCUUUCUUUCUUUCUUCCUUUCUAUCUUUCUUUCUUUCUUCUUUUAUUGUUCUUUCUUUUUCUCCCCUUUCUUUCCGUUUACUUCUUGCCUUUUUUCUUCCUUUUUAUCUAUCUAUCUAUCUAUCUAUCUAUCUAUCUGAGUUGGAUAGCUAUAUUUUCUUUCUUUCUUUCUUUUUCUUUCUAGUCUUCCUCCCUCUCUUUUUUAUCUAUCUAUCUAUCUAUCUAUCUAUCUAUCUAUCUAUCUAUCUCUGUUCGUCAUCUAUCUCAUCUUCCCACUCUCUUUUUUUAUCUAUCUAUCUAUCUAUCUAUCUAUCUAUCUAUCUAUCUGAGCUAGAUAGCUAUAUUUUCUUUCUUUCUAGUCUUUUUCUCCUUUCUUUUUAUUACUUCCUUUCUCUUUUUAUUUUAGUUUUUCUUACUUUUCUGCCUUUUCACUUAUGUCACAUCACUUUUUACUACCUUCUUACCGUCUUUGUUCUAUCUAUCUAUCUAUCUAUCUAUCUAUCUAUCUAUCUAUCUAUCUAUCUAACGAGUUGGCAGUCUUUUUCCUUCUCUCUUAUUUCUUUUCUCUCAUUUUACCGUUUCCGUCUUUCUUUCCUAUAUUUUCUUUACGUCUAA